UAAUUCGUCUGUUCCAAAUUCUACUUAACGAAUUAAAAUGAUUCCUUAUAAGAAAUGUUGUGCUCAGUGUCCAGGCGUGAUAAAUGUUCCGAAAUGUGAGAGAACUCACGAAUGUUGUUUACCCAAAUAUGUAUCAGGACUUAAAAGAGCUGACCAAAAGCUAUCAUGCUAUGAUAGAUUUUCUAUCGCAAAAAAGCUUCACGCGGAGAACUUAAAACAUCAACCACUUCCUGAUAAAGUCAACGACGAUAUAAUGAAGAAUUUCAAACUAAAGGAAUCUUUUCAUUUACCCUCCUUGAACGAACAAUACCAAAACAAUAAUAAGGGUAAUAGUUGUAAUAAGUUACGCUCCAAGUAUCACUGUGAUUCCGUAUUAGGAUAUAAGAAGCCAGAAACAAAAAUGGAUUUGGCUAUUUGCUGGCAGACUCCUGUGGAUCCAAUUUAUGAACCACCGAAACCGACACACAUCGAUGGAUCAGAGGGAGGAGCUGCACCGGCAAUUUUUGAACUUGUACAAGGUGCUCCAAAGUCGAGGCGUGAUCAGUUACGUUCUAACGAUUAUAAUGCUAAACACAAUGAUAGUAAGUAUCGUGAAAUAUAUGAGACGAAUCUCGCAAAAGAAGAUCGAGAUAAACGUUAUGAUAAUUCACAACAGAAUCAAAAUAAUUGCGAGCGUCAUUGUAAAUGCAUGGAUUCUACGAAUAUCCAAAAAUCAAUUUCGCGUGAACGUUCUAGAUCACAAUAUUCUAUCAGGAAGAGCGGUGUAAACUAUGAGAAUAAAGAAAAGAAUGAUCCUAGAUUAAUCAAAUCAGCUGUAGGAGUCACUUUAGGUACUGAAUCGAAUGAUAAUGCGUCUCGACGAUUACCACAAAAGAUAGAUGUACCACGUCCAAAAACACCAUUCGCUAAAAGAUCGUUUAGUAUAGAAACUUUAUCUCCACCUUUUAGUAUCGUAAACGGCUGCAGAGAUACCGAUUAUCCAGAACAUUGGAGGCUUAUGACGGUCUAUCAGCAAUCUUAUAAAAAUCCUCGAAAGUAUAAAACUAAUUUUCACCGUUAGGGAUAG